GACAACAACAACAACCACCGCAUGUGGUGAGAGAGACAACAACCACGACAUGUGGAGAGAGAGAGACAACAACAACAACCACGACAUGUGGAGAGAGAGAGAGACAACAACCACCACCACGACAUGUGGAGGGAAGUAAAAGGGUGACGACGAGAGAGAGACGCCUGGCUGGGCGACAGCCGACGACGAGGAGGAGGAGGCAAACCGAGGAGAGAGUAAGAAGGAGACGACGACGAGGAGGAGGAGGGAGUGCGGAGCGAGCGAGACUGGAGAGGGGCGAGCGAUGCGGCCCGGCGUGCCGAGGCUCAGAGUUGCAUCCCUCGAAUUACUCAAGUAACCCAUCAAUUGGGAGUUUGGAGGAACCUGCUGACGUUUAUUUAAUAGGAGCCCAGGGCUGGCAAUGAGUGUUUCUGAGAAACUGCAAAGACUGGAUCUAAGCCACAUUAUAGAAAAUGCCAUUACUCGGAGACCACCAGUCCCUGGGCGAGAGGGAAAGGUCAAUGUAUGGCCAGAACAUUGCAACGACCCAGGCUUGGCUAGGGCCAAUGGAGUUAAAGGCGGCGGUAGCGGCGAUGGCUUCGGCGUCAGGAUGAUGCAGCCCAGGAGGAUGGAUGGAGACCUCGGUUACGAGCCAGAGGGAAGCGCCUCGCCCACGCCUCCUUACGUACGGUGGGCCGAGUCGCUACCUGCCUUGCUGGAGGACCAGGAUGGCACCAGCCUCUUCAGGGCCUUCCUGGAGCAGGAGGACUGUGUGGAUCUACUGGACUUCUGGUUCGCCUGCAGCGGCUUCCGCAAGACCGAUGGUGACAAGCGUGCCAAGCUGGCCAAGGCCAUUUACAAGAAGUUCAUUAAGGAUAACGCGGGCAUUGUCCUGAGGCAAAUUGGAUCUAUCACGAGGACUGGCGUGAAGGAGUGCAUUGCCAGCAAGCGCAUCGAUUCCACCAUGUUCGACAGGGCCCAGGAAGAAGUUCAGACUGCCAUGGAGGAAAAUGCCUACCCGGCGUUUCUCAGGUCUGACGUGUACCUGGCAUACGCUCGCAGCGGUGGAGAGAGCCCCAGGUGUUUUGCCGACCCUCUCCCCGCUGGCUUCAUGGCCAUGAAGGGACUGGACUCGCCUUUGGGCCUGCAGACGGUGAAGGAGGACGAGGUGCUGUCCUACGACAGCCAGCAGACUCACAAAAGGUGGCCGGAGGUGCACUGUGGGAUGAGGCCGACCGGGGGAAGUUCCUGCUUCUCCGUAGCGUCGCCACGCGCUGUGGGGAUGAGGCCGUCGGAAAAGGGGAAAAAAGGUUAUCGGAACCCUCUGUGGCCAGGGAAUCCAGUGAACCCGUACCACAUGAACUCGGGCUACGGACGAGCUCCUGCAUCAAGCGCCAACGACAGCGAGCAGAGCUUGUCCAGCGAUGCGAUGACGGACGACACGAUGUCAAUGACGGACAGCAGUGUCGAUGGGAUCCCACCAUAUAGGCUGAGGAGCUGCGCGUCGAGAGAUACGCGGCAGUCUGCGAAAGACAGCGGGAGGACGGAGGUGGUGCACAUCCCCAGGACCUCUCGGCUGCCGAAGGACAUGGUGGUGGAGCCGGCGAAGUUUGCAUCGGAGCUCAUCUCGAGGCUGGAACGGCUGCAGAGGGAGAGGGACGCCCAGGAGGCGUUGGAGGAGCGUCUGCGGCGAGUCCGUGCUGAGGAGGAAGGCGAAGAAGGUGGCCCCGUCGCCACGGCGACUUGCCAGGCCUCGACGACGCAGGUGGCAGCCGGCUGCGGCGGUGGCGGCCAGAUGGCCGCGGUGCCCGUGUCCUUCCUGUCACCCGAGCCGGACGAUGAUCCCGAGAGCAUCCUGGACGAGCACGUGUCGCGCGUCAUGAAGACGCCCGGCUGCCAGUCGCCAGGUCACCACCACGGUGGCGGCGGCGCAGGGAGGCCCCGCUCCCCGGACAGCCGGCCCCACCCAGGCGUCGUAAGGCCGCAGGCCGCCCUUGCGGCCAUCAAGGGCGAGGCGGGAACGGCCGCGGCGGGCGGCGCGUCGUCGGCGUCGCAGUCACACCACCACCGCACGGUGUACCACCACCACCAUCACCACAUCCACCACGCUCAUGCCGCGUCGAAGGCCCGCGAGCAGCUGGAGGUGGAGGCGGCGCAGAGGGUGUACGGCGGCGGCGGCGGCGGCGGCGGCGGCGUGAACGGCACGGCCGAGUCCUUCCCCUACGCGGCGAAGUCGCGCAACGGCGCAGAGAACCUGCCGCCCGGCAUCACCAACACGCUCCCGACGAGUAACAAGCCGGGCACGCUGGGCAAGAAAUCUUCGAAAGGCGAGAGUGGCAGCAAGGCAGAGGAGGCACCACUGGAGGAGGGACCCAUUCGGGUGCUCGAAGAGGUGCCCGAUCGCUUCCGUAUAUGGCAGUGGAUGGUGCAGGGGGAGAAAGAGGCAGGGAGACAUGCCAAGACCACCACCACCUCCAGCGGUCCAUCGUCAAAGAAGGGGAGCGAGGCGACGCCGCGGGCCGCCCACGCGUGGUCCGGCGUGGCCACGGCUCCUCAGAGGGCCCCCGCGGUCGGGACGCAGCCCUCGCAGCCCUUUGUUCAGGACCCCGGCAUGCCCCCUCUGCCUGCCCCGAACCCCCUGACUCAGCUGGAGGAGGCGAGGCGAAGGCUUCUGGAGGAGGAGAAGAGGAGCGCUCGCGUGCCCCCCAGGAGCAGGCAAACUCAGGAGACGCUACAGAGGAAUCGAUCUUUUCAACGACAAGCAGGGUCUCAGAAUCCCAAUUCAUCACCUUCCAUAGACCUCGAUGCAGACAGAGAGCUCAAAGCUGGCAAGAAGUCUGCGUGCCAAGUGGAGGCCAGCGACAGUGUGGUGGUGGUAUAUUACUUCUGCGGUGAAACCAUUCCCUACCGCACCUCUGUUCGUGGCCACGUACUCACACUGGGACACUUCAAGGAGCUUCUCACCAAGAAAGGCACCUAUAGAUACUACUUCAAGAAGGCCAGCGAGGACUUCGACUGUGGCGUUGUCUACGAAGAGGUGCAAGACGACGACGCGAUUCUUCCGAUAUACGAGGAGAAGAUCAAUGGGAAGGUGGAGCGAAUCGAAUAGCGAUUGGUAACCGCCGUGGACCUUGUAUAUCCGCAAUCGCGGAGGAUGCGUAGAGCAGCAAAGCAGUAUUGAACUUGAACCCGUCAUCACCUUGUGCACUGGCGAGGCUGGAAGAAACAAUUCACCUUCAUGAACUAUUGAGAUAUCCUCUUGUUGCUGUUGUUAUUUUGUAUGGCAUCUUAUUCUUGGUUUGGAUUAUCCACUGGCCUGAUGUAGCAUGUUUUGGGGGUAAUAAGGGAACCAAUAAGACACUAUUUGUUUACUAAAUUGUGUAUUUUGUAUUUAAAAGAUUAUAUAUUGUAAAAAAAAUCACAGAUUUACAGCAGUGCCGGUGGUUCCGGAGUUAUUUUGAUUAAAAAAUAUAUACCGUGGAGCCUCUACUGCAUGCAUUUUGAUAAUUUAGUUUAUUUUUCUACUCAUGCGUAGACUUCACUCUAUAUAUUGGUACUGUAUUCUAUGCUGUAUUCUUUAUAUCCAGUACGUUUCAAAACUCAUUGUACCUCAAACCUCAGUAUUUUGUGUGCAUGCAUUCACAGUAAAACUUACUGCUGACUUUAAAAUAUUUUUUACCAAGAAGGUAUUUAUAUUUAUUGUGUAUGUACAUACAGAUGGUACCUUUAUGUCGUUGUGUCUAAAGCACCUGCAGAUUUUUCCUUUGUGUCCCAUGCUGUGAUUCAUUGGGUCAUUUGAAUUCAACAUCGGAGUACUUUGUCACAUGGUGGUAGGUCAAUACUAUGGUCUGUUUUCCCCUUGUUUAAUCGAGGGGUUGUAAUAUAUACUGUAGGUUCAACAAUGCCACUGCAUGUACUGGCAUGAACUGUACUACAUUAUUGGGUGCAGAUGCUCUUUUGUAGCCUUCACUGUACAUAAGAUCAUUUUAAAGAAGAUAUUGUAUAAACACUUGUUGGUUGAAUGUAGCAUAUCAGAAUAUUAAAGUAUUUUCCAAAGAUAA